UCUCUUGCUGUCCUAUAAUCCUCCCUCUUCAGAUAAUAAGCUUUAACGAGCCCCAGCUACACCUCAGCAUUGCCCCGGUUGGUUCAUUAUUAAAGCGGGCUGUCGAGACUGCCAGCGAGCCGAGCGAGGUGUGAUAUAAACACGCACGAUUAUUUAAACUCUUUCGUGACUUGAAUGUCUCAGAACAGCUGUUUGUUUAACAUGGAUUCCGGUCUGUUUGUCGUCCAACCCCAAGUACUGCCUGUUUUUGAACUAAUAUACUUUCGGUUUCAUGGUCAACGCAGUUUGCUUCAGCUACACGGAAGAGACGCGCUUGUGGUGAAGUUGAGGAGAAACACGGCUAACUGAGGAACGAGUGAUUCAGUAGAGGGAGACAUGGACUGGUUUUCAUGGUGGAGAAAAAGAAACCGUAAUGAGUUUGAACCACCCGAUAUGUCAGGAGACUCUUCCAGAGGGAAUAUCCAGGUGAAGAGACAGAGGAGGGAGGACGAGGAGGAACUGGAGAGACUGAGGAGAGAAAACGAGGAACUGAGAAGGAGUAAAAUGAUUGCUGAGAUCCUCGAGCCCAUGAAGGAGUUUGCCCGGCUGUUUGAAAAAGAGAAGCCCUUGAUUGAGGAAUACCUUGGAGAACUCAAAGUCAUGGCUCAAACACUGCUGGAGAGAGACAGGGCUGCAAAGAAUACAUUGAUAACAGGGUGUGCUGUGACUGUCACAGGGUGCACAGGGGUAGUGCUGUCUGCUGUUACACUAGGAGUCACCCCUCUACUGGCUUUUUGGGGGCUUGCUGCAGCUGGAGCAGCCGCAGAAUUUAAAGGAAUUGCAAUGUGUGACAGUCCUGGAAUCGAUGAGGAAAGUUUAUUGAAAAUACUGAACGAAAGUCAGGAUAAAAUAACUGAGCUUCAAAGAUCAGCCGAUGAGGUCUGCCAAACACUUUCAAAAUGGAAGGAAAAUUUUUAUGCAGAAAUGGCCGUGCUUGUGACAGAAGCUACUCGCGUGUUGACAUCGCUAGUUGUCAAUGACUGCAUUAAAACCCGCAUCGAAUUGUAUAAAAAGCAAAAAAACAUAAGAGCGAUAGAGAUUCAAAAUUGGGUGGAAAAUGGGAAAUCAGAUCUAGCAAACCUGGAAAAAGUCUACUCGCACGUGAAGGUGUGUAUUUCACUUAUUAGAGAUCUGUCAAACCCGUCAGUUAGGGCUAUCGGGUCACGCAAGGUUGUAGUAGGUAUUUGAAAAGACUCGACACAGGAAACCAGGAGCAGUGGUCUUACAACAAACUUUAAUACGAUGCGCAAAGGAAGCCAGCAAAUGCGUUCAAAACACAAGUCUGACUCAAUCAGUGCGUUUACAUGAGCAUGAGAAUUACGAUAUUUUUAAUUAGUAAAAAUAAAACUUCCGAAAACUCAUUCCGAUAUCAAAAGUCAUGUAAACACAGUUUUCGAAAAAUGUAUCGGAAUAUUCCUUGGGUCAGUUUUCGGAAAACGGCACGUAGAAAUUUCCGAUUCAAUUCCGAAAACGAACCAAAUGUAGAUCAUGUAAACGCACUUUUCGGAAAACUUAUUCCGAUAGCGUACUGCACAUGUGCAAACUCUGACCUUCAUUCCUGCACGUAGUUUUAGAAAACAGAGAAAAUAAUAAUAAUCUGUAGUCAGUCUGCAUGGAUCCAUUUGCUCCGUUAUUGAAUCGUACACUUAUCACCCUUCCUUAAAUGCGCUUUAUUUGCUCUUAUCUGCUCCCUAUUUUACUGCAUUUAAUCCUGUACUUCAGAGUACUGUAAUCUGCCAAACCUGUAGUAUUUUGUAUUUAGUAUUUAGUAUUUUAUAUCCUGAUGUAACUAUCACUGACACUGUUAUCUGCUCCAUUAUUGAAUCGUAUUUUGUCAUAUUCUUGUACUUGCUUGAACCGAAGUCAUUGUAUUUAUCUUGAUCUUAAUUGUAUUAAUACUUGUACUGUGAUACUUGAAAUGUAUUUUUGUUUACGACUGUAAAUCGCCCUGGAUAAGGGCGUCUGCUAAGAAAUAAAUAAUAAUAAUAAUAAUAACAACAAUAAUAAUAAUAAUAAGACGAAGAAGCAGAAGAAGAAGAAGAAGAAGAAGAAGUUGUUAGGAUCAAGUAAUAUUUGUCCGUAUGUAUUUUUUAAUAGCCCAUAUUGAAGCAGCACAUGUUUUCCAGCUUUAAAAUUACGUGAUAAUUUAAAAUAAUGUCUGUAAAAGAAACUGGUAAUAUAGAACAGGAUGUGCUGUUGGAAAGGCUGAUUGAACAUUGUGGGGAAUCUGAAUAGAGGUAUAGGAUAGUAAUCUUUGAAUUUAAGACCCGACACUUCGAUAAAGCACUUGUUAGGAUUGGUCUCCGUUCUAUCGCAGAAAAAAUGUCCGGUCUGUUCAAAUCGUACUUGGGGUACUACAGUACUCUGCAUGCGAAAAUAUCCUGCGUUACUUCUGUAAAGAAAACCACAAAAUGUUCCUUCUGAAAUAUGUUUCAGCUUAGCAUAAAAAUAUAAAACUUCAGAUAUUUAAAAAAUAAAAAAGUAAACACAGUGAGGUAAACUUGUUGUUAUUCAAGAAUUUGUAAUUAUACCAUCAUUCUGUGGAUGAUGUCAUGAUUAUUAGAACAGAAUGUUCAUUCCCAGAGGUUCCAAAGCGCCUCAUUUGAAAAUGAAUAUAUAAUGUAAGUUUUUGCUCACCCCUUUGUCAAGGGAAAGUGUGUUUGAAAACAAACAUGGCAGGUAUUUAUUUCCAGGCUUUCUGAUGCCAUGGUAACCGCACGUUUAUUUCUCUUUAAAUCUAGAGGCACGCUUAUCUCUCUGUUGAGGAAAUCUCUUCAUGUUGUCUGGUAUUGUCAUGGCCAGCCUGGACUGUUGUGAUCUGGGUCUAUUUUUUUACAUUAUAUUAUAUUGUUUUAUUUGUAUGCUGUGUUGUAUGAUUUAUUUUGGGCUCUGUUAGGAGUAAUGAUUAUUUUCAUUUUAUUUAUUUCUUAGCAGACGUUAAGAAAUUCAAAUGGGUUGUACCUGAACUGUAUUAAUAAAUGUUCUUGAGAUCUUGUAAAUACUUUUCUAUACAUGUUUUCAUUCACUGCAAUGUACUGUGGGAAUAA